CUCAGGUUUCCCUGCUUGCUUACCUACUUUUCUGAGGCACAGCAAAGUGUUUUCUCUUCUUGCUCUGAUUGCUGUGACUCAAGACACUACAGCAUUCUCUACUAUGGAGCAGGAGCUGGGAAACCACACGGCAGUGACCGAGUUCAUCCUCUUUGGCCUUACCCAUCAUCCAGAGAUGGAGGUGGUUCUAUUUGUUCUGUUUCUAGCCAUCUACAUCACCACGUUGGUGGGCAACAUUGGCCUCAUCGUGCUAAUCCGGAUCGAUUCCGGCCUUCACACCCCUAUGUACUUUUUUCUCAGCCACCUCUCCUUCCUGGAUCUUAGCUACUCCUCCGCCAUUGCGCCUAAGAUGCUGGUGAACCUCCUAGCUCAACGCAAGACCAUUUCCUUAGCUGGCUGUGCAACACAAAUGUAUCUCUUUGCUGCCUUUGCCGAUGCUGAAUGCCUCAUAUUGGCUGCAAUGGCCUAUGAUCGAUAUGUGGCUAUCUGUAACCCGCUGCUCUAUAUGACCGUCAUGUCCCGGAGGCUCUGCAUUUCUCUAAUAGCAAGUGCCUAUAUCAGUGGCAGUGUGAGCUCACUGGUCCACACGGUUUUGACUUUCAGACUGUCCUUCUGUGGCUCCAAUGUCAUCAAUCAUUUCUUCUGCGACAUGCCCCCCCUGCUAGCUCUCUCCUGCUCCAGUGUCCACCUCAACGAAAUCCUCCUCUUUGCUUUGUGCGGCUUUAUCCAGACCAGCACCUUUGUGGUCAUCCUUGUCUCCUACGCCUAUGUCCUCACCACCAUUCUGAGGAUCCACUCCACUGGGGGAAGGCACAAGGCCUUCAACACCUGCACGUCUCACCUGACAGCUGUAACCUUAUUUUACGGGGCUCUUCUAUUCAUGUAUUUACGGCCCCGCUCCAGCUACUCCCUGGAUGCAGACAAAGUGGUUUCUGUUUUUUAUACUGUGGUCUUCCCCAUGCUGAACCCCCUGAUCUACAGCCUGAGGAACAAAGAGGUGAAGGAUGCCCUGAAGAGAACAUUAACGAGAAAAAUGUUUUCCCGGUGA